AUGCUUCUGUUGAAAGAGAUGGGCUUAUACUUCCUAAGCAGCGCAAGGGACACAAGGAUCCAGGCGGUUCACGGGGGUUCAAACUGUUACCUUCACAGCUGGAGAAAGGUGAUAAUGUCGAUACGUUAGAGGUUAUACUAGGUUUAUGUGUACAGGGCUGGGCUUACUCUCACGUGGCUUCUACAGAGGGGGUUUUGUGUUGGGGUUUUAAAAAAAUAAUAAUUGAGAAGGAGCUUCACUAUUCUGUAUGAAAAUGAGUGGAUGUAAAGACACAUUGUUUUUAAAAAUAAAAAAUAGACAAUCUAGUGAGUUUGGAUUUGUUGGAAAGGUUUUGGGUCAGAUCCAUCUUGAAAUCAGGAAGGAAGUACAAUAUCAUUAUCACCUUAGAACACCAGUGAGAAUACAUAUUCCUAUGAUCCUAGAGUUGGGUGGAACCUUAAAUGUGAUCUAGUUCAGCCCUCUGCUGAUUCAGGAAAUCCACUUAUCCUGGGGGAGGCAGAACCAAGUUAUCUGCGAGGUAAUUGGUCAGUUAGUUAAGUAUUUCUAUUUAUUUACUUGAUGGGGGGGCAACUGCAGUGGAUUGAUUCACGCAUAUUGCUAUAUUACAGCUUAGUGCUAUAUGGACAGAUUUCUCAAGUAUGGUUUGUUGAAACAAGCUAACUUCAUAAAACCUGUGCUUUGAAGUUGACAAGUUUCAACAAACCAUUGUUAAGAUGAUCUACACUUUGAGUUCACUUUUCCCGGUGAGCAGCAAAAUAAAAAAUGGAAGCUGAAUCGAAAAUGGAAGUGAGAGCUUCCAAAUUCCUCUACAGCCACACCAGAGGAGGGGAGGAAUAUUGAACCUGAAGCUCACUGCAACUCAUCAUGUAACACUAAACCAUGAUUUUGAGUGAAGUUUGAUUGCCAAAUAUUGUUUGUUUGGACUAUUGAUAGGCUACAAUAUUGAUACAGGCAUGCACAGGCAGACAGAACAAUCAAAUUUUGUGGUUUAAUUACUUAUUUGCAAGACUAAUUAUUUUAAACUGCUGCUUUUGCAGGUUCUUCAGAAUUAUUUCUGCUUCUUCAACAAUAACUACAAAGAAUAA